ACAAGCAUAUAAUAAAGAAUAACAACACGCACGCUUAUGAAGCCCCUGACGUUUGAACAAACAGACCAAAAAGAAACAGCUGAAGGAAAGAAAACAAACGUCAACCAUUACUCCACUCUAUCUACAGACUCACACACACACCUUUUUAUUUUAUUUAUACAAGACACACCCUCCAUGAGAACCAGACACCAUUAAUUCCUAGUUUACCAAUUCCCACACAGUACCAAUAUCUAUCAACAACAACCGAAAACAAAAAGCGAACGUACACAUGACUGAAACAGCAGAAUCUUCAGCUUACGGUGUGAUGGCAAGUUGGUUCACACCCUCGUGUCUAUUCCUCUUCAUCAACCUCGUCAUCGGCACCAUCGCCAUCAUCUCUCGUUUCGCCAACACGACCAAAAGACAACACCAACUCGUCCGUUCUCCCUCUUUGCUAGAAAGGCUUGCGUCUCUCAACCUUUGUUAUCACAAACAAUAUGAACCAACAACAACAACAUUGCUUCACAGCCAUGUGAACCCGGUCCAGAGUCGGGAUGAAUCCAGACUUGAUAGGGUUAGGUCUUUCAAUCUCGAUUUUUAUAACGUGGAUAAUAUUGAAAGACCUGACCCAAUUGAAAAUUCUGACUCACCCCAACUAGACCGGGUUCCUUCCUCAUCUUUGGGUCAGGUCAAGUUUUUCAAUCUUAAUAUCUAUAAAUCAGAGAUUGAAGGACUUGACCUAGUCCAUAGGCCUGACUCAUCCCAAAUAGGCCGGGUUUCCUCCACGUCUUUGUUGGACCGAGUCAGGUCAUUUAAUCUCAACUUUAAUAAAGUUGAGAUUGAAAAGUCUAGCCGGGUCCAACAGCAAGUGACCCGUGCUCCCUCGAUACUCGAGCGGCUUAAGUCGUCCUUGUCAUUUGACAGAUCGAUGUCAGUGACCGAGCCUGAAUCCGAAGUUACAGGUGGUGGAGAGUUGGUGGAGGAAACUGAAGAAGAAGGGGUGGAUGCAAAGGCUGAUGAUUUCAUCAAUAGGUUUAGGCAGCAACUGAGGUUGCAAAGGCUUGACUCUAUUAUACGUUACAGGGAUAUGCUCAAACGAUACUAACAAUAGUUCAUUCCUUAAUUCACCAUCAGCUGCAUGAACACGAGAGUUCGGCUAGCUAGGUUGUUGUUUGUUUGUAAUGAUAUAUGGUGUUUCGCAAGGCUUGACAAACCGUUGCUAGUUUUUUUUUUCUUUUUUCUUGUGAUGCUGAUUUGUUUGAACAAUUGAACUAAUUAUAGUUCAUAAAGUACAAUUAAUUAAUUACAUUCAAACACUGAAAUUUUUUGUAUUUUGCGUUA